AUGUCAAGCUACAACCCCGCCUCCAACACCGGCGCCGCCACCGGCGCGCAACAGACAGGCUCGAUCACCGACGACCGCUCCCGCGCCGUCGAGUACACGUGCGGCGACUGCGACUCGCCCGUCGCGCUCAAGCGCGGCGAGCCCAUCCGCUGCAAGAACUGCGGGCAUCGUGUCUUGUACAAGCAGAGGACGAACCGUUUGAAGCUCGCUGAGCCAACCAUUCCAGCCGCGACCUAA